AUGGCAGCCAGCAACCAAACUGUCGGCAGCGCCAUCGUCAUCAACCAGUGCUUCUCACCCGUCUACCUUUGGUCCGUGGAUGCCCUCGUGAGUCCCCAGCAGACUCUUUUCCCGGGCGACAACUACACCGAGACCUUCCGGCGCGAUCAGAAGACCGGCGGCGUGGCGAUCAAAAUCACCACGGUCCCCGACGGGCUGUACGAGAGCGCCCCGCAGACCGUCUUCGCGUACAAUCUGGUCGAUUCCUGUGUCUGGUAUGAUCUGUCAGAUGUCUUUGGCGAUCCCUUCUCCGGAGAGGUGGUUGAAAUUCUGCCUGCCAAUCCUGCUAUUUACUGGGGGAAUGGCGUUCCUCCAGCUGGUAGCCAAGUGAGGACUCGUCCGGCGGAGGAAGAUAUCAUAUUGUUCCUUUGCUGA